CAACGGCAAAUAUUAUAGUGCAUCCCAGGACACCUGUGUUCACAGGAUCAGCUCUUUGAAACUAUAUUUGGAUGUACAAGCUAUUAAAAGCUUCUUGUACUGAGUGACCUUUCAGGCAGAAUUUAGAUCGAAUACUCACACUGCUGCUGCCUGUUGCUGAGUGGAAGAGAGCAGAAAACCCUGGAUUCAAACCACUAUUGGGUUUUUGUUUUGCUUGUUUUGUUUCUUUUUCAUUUUGCCUUAAGAAGAUGAGCAAUGAAACCACAACCCUGAUAUCCUUAAAGGAGGCAAUGAAAAGAGUAGACCACAAACUCCAAGCGUUAGAAGCACAGUUUAAAGAACUGGACUUCACCAAGGAUAAUCUGACACAGAAAUUUGAACAUCAUAGCAAGACUUUGGCAAACCAAGCUGCGCAAGAUGAACUGUGGACAGCAGUUCUGUCAUUCAAGUUCACUCCAAUGGAAUUGAAUAUUUUAUACAGCUACGUCAUUGAAGUACUCAUCCGCUUGCACACUCAUGUGCUUGAGAAGCUGCCAGAUCUGGUGAGAGGUCUUCCCACCUUAGCCUCCAUCCUUAGACGAAAAGUCAAGAACAAGCGCAUUAGAGUUGUGUGGGAGUCUGUCCUGGAGGAGCAUGGGAUGCAAGAAGGAGAUAUCACAGCACUGUGUACCUUCUUUGUAGCACAUGGUAACAAGGCAGAACACUACAUUGCUAAAGUAAGGCAAAUGUAUAUAAAAGAUGUCAAUUUCAUGAUCACUAAUAUGGUAAAGAACCAGGCUCUGCAGGAUGGUUUGCUAAAGGCUGUUCAGGUCAUUGAGAAGGGAAAAGCAGUGGGGGCCCCUGAAAAGCAAAAGUCAUCCCUAGAAGAGUUGAUACCAUCAGCCAAAAGCUAACCUGUUACUCUAGACCCAGAGAUUACACUUCUAGUAAUUUAUCUUGCAAAUGGGAAAAAAUACAUACAUGCAAUUUAUUACAGGCUUAUUUUUAUAGCAAAAGUGAGGAGAGUGUUAAAUUAUGAUAUACUGAUACAGUGGAUACUUUCUGUGUAGCAAUACAAGAGAAAGAAGAAGCUCUUCGUGUAAUCGUAUAGUAAUAUGGAUUUAUCACCAAGAUGUGUUGUUUUAAAAUAUUCAUUUCCAAUAUAUAUUGCUAAAUGGAAAAAAUGGGCAAAAACAAACAUAUAGGCUACUAUAUCUAUAAACUUCAUAAACUUCUUCUGGAGAAAUACAUUAAAAAGUGAUAACCUUGGUUUACUCAGGGAAGAAAACUGAGAGGAUAGGGAUCAAAUGUAGGAGGAAGUCUUUUCAAUGUUAAUCCAUUUGUACUUUUUGAAUUUUGAACCAUGUGAAUGUAUGUACUAAA